AUGCUAUUAAGAGAUUUUCCUAAAACAUUUAAUCUAGAUGUUGGAAUUAAAAAAGCAUUUCCUUAUAAUUUCUAUUAUAAAAUUUAUAUUAAACUUAGUUAUAAAAAGAAUAUGCAGAAUUUUAUUGUAAACAAGAUCUCCAUCUUUAGUAAAUAUGUAUUUUACAAGAAUAUUUAUUCUAAAGUUGUUAAUUUAUAUUAUUAUUCAUCCAACGUUGGAGAUUUCUUAAGAGGUGCUAUAUAUGGUGGUAGAUGUAUGUGUAAAGAUAAUAAAAUGCAACAAGUAAAAGAUAAAAUAUAUGAUCUAGAUUUUUGUUCUCUAUAUCCAUCAGCUAUGAAAAGAUUGUAUUUAGUAGAAGGUUUACCAAUGGUUAUGACUGAUAAUCAACUUAAUUUAAAGUAUUUAUUAGAACAUUCAAUAGGAUAUGUUUGGACUGGUAAAAGGAAUCCAAUUAUUAGAGAUGUUAUUGAAAAUUUAUAUCAAUUAAGGUGUGAAUAUAAAGGAUCACCAAUAGAGUAUGUUAUUUAA